AUGUCAGGGCUGAGGAUCAGCCUAGACGACUUGGAGAGCGAUAAUGACGACUCCACUCAAAUGAUUCACGAGGUUCUUCGUCUUGGCGAAAUUACGGUCUCUGCAGAGGGACUUACGACAUCGAUGGGCUACAAGUACGGUUUGUCGCCGGACGACGUCAUUGUGAGUGCGACAGGGUUUUUGGGUCAAGGCAGCAGUGGGUCUGUGCGCCGAGCGACACAUCGCAAGACUGGCGAGGCUCUUGCCUUGAAGGAGAUCAAAAUCACCAGCCAGGCACAUCUCCAGGAAAUUAGAAGAGAGUUGGAAACACUUCACCGUGACGGGAACAAUUCCCCGUACCUAGUGGGUUUCUAUGGUGCUUUUUGUCACGAGGGCUCUGUUUUUAUCGCGAUGGAGUGCAUGGAUGGCAGCUUGGCAAGUGUAAGAAAACCAGUACCGACAGGGGUAUUGGCUAGCAUCGCACGCAGUAUUCUUCGUGGUCUCUGGGAUUUGCACAGGAACAGGCACCUCAUCCAUCGUGAUCUUAAGCCCAGUAACAUUUUGUUUAGUCGCGAUGGACGCAUCGAAAUAUCGGAUUUUGGCGUUAGUUCUUUUUUGGAGUGCACCCGUGCUGACGCACACAGCUUCGUGGGGACGCUGACGUACAUGAGUCCUGAACGCUUGAAAGGGGAGUCUUACUCAUUCGCGGCAGAUAUAUGGUCCUUUGGACUCGUUGUUGCUGAGCUCGCGUUGGGCCGAUGCCCGUUCACGGACAAAUUGGCUCGCGCUAAUGCCCCAACGGAGGCCGGGUUUUGGGUGCUGCUGCAGCAUCUUAGUAGCGACGGGCCGGUUAUUGUGUUGCCGUCAACAAUGGACUCAGCACUGGCUGACUUUAUAUCAGCGUGUAUUGAAAAAGAUUCCCAACGUCGUCCUACGUGUGAACAGUUGUUGCAGCAUCCAUUUAUUACCAAUGCGAUAGAAGAUGACGACAGGCGUGUCAUUAGGGAGUGGCUUUUAGUCAUGCCAAUGCAUACAGAAUUUCCUCCCUCCCCAGGGGAACGUGGGCCGUUCCUGACAACGGCCCCGACGGGAGCAACUACAUCCCUAAAUCUCGAUGACGAGCUCAGUAAGCUGAUUGGCAUAUAA